GUGUGGAUUCGGGUGUUUAGGGUGUGUGGGGUGACGCUGCCUUCUCUUCCUUCCCUGCCUCGUGUAAGCCGGCAAGAUGACGAAUUCUAAAGGUUUACGGCGCGGCACGCGUAAUAUGUUCUCCCGUGCCUUCAAGACCAACGGCACGGAGCACCUGUCCACCUUCCUCAGGGUGUACAAGGUCGGCGACAUCGUGGACCUGAAGGGCAACGGGGCUUUCCAGAAGGGCCUGAUCCACAAGUGUUACCACGGCAAGACUGGACGGGUCUUCAAUGUGACCCAACAUGCCGUGGGAGUCAUUGUCAACAAGCGUGUCAAGGGGAAAAUCCUGGCUAAGAGGCUCAAUGUCCGCGUGGAGCACCUGACCCACUCCCGCUGCCGUGAGGACUUCAAGGCCCGCGUCAAGGAGAAUGACCGUAUCAAGCACGAAGCAAAGGCCAAGGGUGUUAAGGUGAUCUGCAAGCGUCAGCCGGCCCAACCCAGACCAGCACACAAGGUUAACAUCACCAAGAAUAAGCCUGAGUUUUUGACGCCGCUUCCCUAUGAGUUCAUUGCCUAAGGGGUGUUGAUGGAGCGUUAAAUAAACAAAUAAAGUGUGAUUUGGUGA